GCAUGGGAAUGUUUUCUUGGCAGAAGUUACGUCCGUAGCUUUUAGGGCAGGGAGGUUGGGAGGAGGGAAUUGUGCUGAUGUAUUUGGAUUUCGUGGAGUGCUCAGUACAGCAGGGGGAGGAGAGAUCCUUUGCUGCAUUGUGCAGUGAUCCUAUUAAAGGCAUUAGCAACAUUCCAGGGUACUCAUUCUUGUGUCCCAUUUCCUGCCGAUGAUCUUGUUACCUUCGCCAGCUCUGUAAAAGCAAACACCCCCACCGUCCUCUGCCCGCCAUGCAGCGUGCUCCAGACUAAAUGCAGUAGAUGCCAGCUGCUUGAAAUGCUCUGGGAGAGUUCCAUGCUAAACAGUAUCCAACAGGUGAAUCGUUUGCUGUGGUGAGAUAAGAUGAAGCCAUAAUAGCCAAGUCAGAGGACAACGCAGCAAAGUCAUCCAACUUAAAGCACUUCUCCAGCUUUGUUACCAUGGAGACUGUGGUUAUCGUAGCAAUUGGGGUCCUUGCGACUAUCUUUCUGGCCUCCUUUGUGGCCCUCGUCGUUGUCUGCAGACAUCGUUAUUGUCAGCCCAGCAACCUGUUGCACCCUUUUGACUCAAAGCCUACAGUGGAUCUCAUUGGUGCAAUGGAAACACAGAGUGAGCCCUCAGAAUUGGAACUGGAUGAUGUCGUUAUCACAAACCCUCACAUUGAAGCGAUCCUGGAAAAUGAGGACUGGAUAGAGGAUGCUUCGGGGUUGGUGUCUCACUGCAUUGAGAUUCUUAAGAUAUGUCAUACUCUGACAGAGAAACUUGUUGCUAUGACAAUGGGAUCAGGGGCGAAGAUUAAGUCACCAGCGAGACUCAGUGACAUUAUCGUAGUGGCAAAGCGGAUUAGUCCGAGGGUGGAUGAUGUUGUGAGAUCUAUGUACCCUCCAUUGGAUCCUAAGCUCCUGGAUGCCAGAACCACGGCUCUCCUUCUUUCUGUCAGCCAUCUUGUAUUGGUUACCAGAAACGCAUGUCACAUGACUGGGAGCCUCGACUGGAUUGACCAGUCCCUGUCUUCGGCUGAGGAGCACAUGUCAGUGCUGAGGGAGGCAGCUCUUGCAACUGAACCUGAGAGGAACCUCAUUGGCUGUGACAAUUUCUGUCAGGAACAAUCUUCAAUUUAGCUCCUGGAGCCUGUUCGGCAAUGGAGCAGGGGAAGAACUAGACUUAAACUGUUCAUAUUUAUCAUGCGCUUUUACCUGUCCACACUUUAAUCAGUCAGUGAAAUGUGUGCCUUAAACUCAUUGAGGACUGGACUUCACUAUUCAAAUGAUUUUUGAACGUCAAAGGACUGAUAUUACUGUCAAUUAUAGUCCUAAACUUUGCUCGAUUGUUCACCUAAUGUUUACAGUAAUUACUCCUUAGUUAGACGUUAAAUGUUCAUAUAUCCCCAUUUGUUUUUGAGCUCACUGAUAAUCAGCCCUUAACUGACCAAAAUUUUCGUUAGCUAAAUUCCUCCAGCAAAUCCCACAGUUGAUGUUUCUUUAAAUUGCUGUGCCUGGACAUUUGAGUCAUAAAACCUAAUGCUACAGAGACCUUUAGUUUUUGGCACACACUGAGUGUGACUAAGUCUUAUUGCUAUCUGCCCAAGGAAGGUUGACAUUAAGCAAGGUUAAUUAUUAAUGAUUUUCUGUUCUUCGCAAUAGUGAAAACUUGGUUCACAUAUAGUUUACUUAAUGUAUUAACUAUUGCUGGUAAGUCAACCAGAAGCUGUUUCUGUCAAGGUUGUGUCAUAUAACAUGAGCAACAUUCGAGAUCAAAUGAAGAGCCUUGACUAUUUUAGCAAAUGUGUUAAUCUGGUUCAUUUUAAGCAGGUUGGUGGUUAAAGAUACUAGAGAAAGGAAUUCAUUUGAUUAGGUGUGUCCCUAACACUACACAGCAUCCUUUAAGUCAAUUAGGUUAUCAGGGCAAAUUGUACAGGAAAAGUGAAAAUGAUUUCAAAUUAAACUGAUCCAUGCUGAGCCAAUCUCUGAUCUCCACUCCUCAGAACCAGUGCUCUGUUGCUACAGCCUAAUCUUACACAAUCAGCCUUAUUAAGUUGUGAGAAAAAGGCAGAUCUAUUUAAUUUGAAAUGAUAGUUUAUCACGAUGUCACCUUGUUCAUAAAAUUUGUAAAGAGAUUUUCAUUUAGUUUAGAAAGAGUAUAGGAGCUGUGACUAUGAGGGUGGGAAGUUUAAAACUGUUUACCCUUUUUAUUAAGAAAUUCCAAGUAACACAGACCACAUCCUGGUGUGUCGUGGCUGAAAGCAGUCACAUUGUCUAUUCAGAGAUAGUAAGAACUUCAGUUGCUGGAGAAUCUGAGGUAACAAAGUGUGGAGCUGGAUGAGCACAGCAGGCCAAGCAGUGUCAGAGGAGCAGGAAGGCCGACAUUUCUGAAGAAGGGUCUCAACCCGAAACAUCAACUUUCCUGCUCGUCUGAUGCUGCUUGGCCUGCUGUGUUCACCCAACUUCACACCAUGUUAUCCCAACUUAAAGUUGAUUGGUGCACAUUUUCUAAUCAGUCUAAAUAUAGGUAAACCUAUUAGUGUUUGUCAACUCUUGUUCUCAUUAAUGUGUCAUUGUGAGUCUUCUGCCUCCUUCCUGAUCCAGCAUCGGUCCUUCUCAGUAGUUCCUCUUAUUUACUGAAUGAGCUCCUACAGAGAUGGAAUCAUCUUUGGGUCCAUAUCUAGAGCAUUUGCUUCAUAAAUAGACCAAAAGUGUUCAUACACUGCUCCCAAAAGGAACACUGGCAAAUUCAUACUGCCCUGUUUCCAGCUCUAAAAUAUUGACAUGCCUUUGGAAUUUUUAAUCUUUUACUUCAACCACAACUGGCAACAAUAAUGUUACCAUGCUAUAGUUUGACAUUGUCUGACUGGACUAUGUGCAGAUCCUAAGCCCUGGUAAGGUUGCUACUGAAGCUCCUGUGGCCUACCCCUAUAUGCAGUGACUGCUUUCAUUUGUUGGCUUUGCUUAUUAUCAUGGACCAUUUGGACAGGUACAUAGAUUGGAUAAGUAUGGAGGAAUAUCAACCAAAUGCAGACAAAUGGGACUAGGUUGAUUGUGAAAACUGCGUAGCAUGGACAAGUUGCGCUGAAGUUGUAAACCUCCAACACUCAGUGGCUUUAUAAAGGGGUCUUUGAAUGGUUGCCUCAUUUAUGGAUAAGUAAUAAAUCAGAACGUGAGGACUUUUUAAGAAAUAAUCAUCCUCGGGAUGUUGGCUCCACUGGCAAGGCUGGCAAUACACCUUAUGAACUGCUGCUGUCCAUAUGGUGAAGCUGCUUCCAAAAUGCUAUUUAAUCGGGAUUUCCAGGACACACAAAAUUUAAUGAAUGAGAACAUUUAGCUGAGUGAAGAUGGUGUGUGAUGUGCAGUUAAUGGUGUUUUGAGCACUUCUUGCCCUUAUCCUUUAAGGUUGGGGCUUCUCAAAGUGGGAGUCAGGACCCCAAGUGGGGCCCUGAGCUGAAAUUUUGUGCUCCCAGGUUCUAAGGUUGCAGUGGUCACUAUGGAGCUCCAACCAGGUUAUAACAAUUGCACUCUCUCUCUAACAGGUCUUCGCUCUCACAGACCUCACUCUGGCAGGAUCAUAAAAAUUUGCAAGCCUCCAUCAGGCAUCACAGUGGGAAAAAAUGUUCAGGAAGCACUGCCGUAGGUUACAGAAGUGUAGAUUGUAGCAACUGUAUACCAGUGUGAAAUGAGUAGAUGUUUAUAUCAACAGAUAGAAUGCUGAAUAUCAGGGGUAGUGCUGAGUGCUCAUGUUAGCAACCUGAAUCAUGGAACUCCCACAGGAUGGAAGCAACCAAUCAGGUCCACACCAACCUUUUGAAGUGCAGUGGGUUUAGCUCAUAAAUAUUCAUAGUAUGUAAAGAGUGACAAGUACAGACCCACAGCAAUGUUGCUCAGAGCUGGACACACUGACUCUAACUUUCCAUUUCAACCAACCGUUGGGAGAUUGAAAAUUCACAGCUCACCUAAAUUCAGUCAUCACACACAAUGUUACCUGAUCUUGAGUACUCAAUAAAAUCCCACUUAUAACAUGACAUGUCAAGUUUAGGUAGUGGGGAAACAUGUUGUCAGUUAGUCAAUACUGAUCUAUUUUUUAUAUCCUUUUUGACAAGGCUUUAAAUCUCAGUUUAAUUAUAGUGAGUUUUGUUUAAUGUCUGAUAUUUGCAACAAGUGUAGUCAGUGUUCAGAACUUUACAUUCUGUACAGCAUAAGCUUUUUACAUUGCACUGUAAAUCCCUAUAUAUAAAUCUAACAGCUCUGAUCAUAGACCAAAGCACUCUAAAUGAUAUCGAACCUUUUUAAGGUUUGAAACAUUGUUCUAAGCUUCUCUUGGAUUUUUAUUGAAUCUGUUUAUUACAAUGUAAAUGAAAUUCAUAUUAAUCAUGACUGGCAUUGCUAAUACUGACCUGUGUACCACUAAGCAGAAGACAGCAGUUUCAAAGAGGUCACUCUCUAGCUCACUGCUUUCAAAUACGCAAUUAUUCUUGUAGCAUCACUUUACAAGGAUUUGACUACAACUACUAGGAAACAUGGAACAGACUGAGCAUCAAGAAGGCUGAGGGGUGACCAGGUUGAGACCUAUCAGAUUUUAAGAAUUUGCUGGGUUAAGUGUAGAGGGAGUGGGGCAGAGUUUUCACUUCUGGAUGCAAUUGACAAUCUGCUACAAAUUGAACUCAAAAUUGCGCUGCAUUUGAGAAGUGAUUUUGUGAUUCAAGUUCUACCUUCAAAUAUUUGCAUUAAUAGAAUUUAAAAUGGGCCCUGAACUAGUCUAAUCAGGCAAUGUUUGAGAACAUAAUUUCUGGCAUUAUUCCUUCAUGUUAAUUCAAAAUUUGUUUCUUAGGGCAAUUUUAUGAAUUUAGUUGAAAAUUGAGAUUAAUUACAAAAAUAAUCACCAAAGUAAACAAAUUUCAAAUAAUGAGGCAUGGCUGUAAGCACUGCAUGGAAACUUUAAAUUCUAAAAACUACUUUUACUAAGAAGCUGACAGUUGUAGUGAAAUGUAGCCAUUAAAAGUUUUUAACAACAUGCCCUAAUACUGAAAUAAAAACUUAAUACUAAGAUCCUCUUUGAACGUUUACAAAACAGACAAAAAACAGAGACUGAAUAUGCUGAUUAAUUACCCAUUGCAAAUUUUAUGGGUGGAGAUGUCUUCCAGUGAUAUGUUUUCUUGAACCAGUACAAAAGAUCAAGGAAACUUGAUUUGUACUAAAAUUAAUUUGUAUUUCAAAUGCUGUGACUUCUUUUCUGGCAGUACAGUCAAUUUUGGACAAAUUAUAUUGGAAAUACACACAGAGCCUUGUGGAAUCUUUGUGCUUCCUCUUAGCCCAAAACUAAGGCUAUUAAUAUAAGGUAUCUUCAAGAAGGUAUUUAAGAGUAGAUUCUUUGGUUAUAAUGUGAAACUUGAGACCACAUUAAGCAGUCGAAGCAGACAGUACAGAUACAUUUGAGGCAACGCUGGUGGAGCUCUCGAGAGAAAGCUUAUGUUAGUAAACUUUGACGAGGUAAGUUGGAAGGAGCCGCAUGGAUGAGGUGGGCCAUGUGAUCUGUUUUACUGUAUGGUUAGUUGUAAAUGUUCUGAGCUAUUUUUACACACCCCUGCCCACCCCACCAUUGGGUGUGUUUUCAGUAAAAUGUGUUGGAUGCUCAGUUCCUUAACAUCUCACCCAACCAUGACUUAUUUCCCAUAAUAUAGGAGGCCUGGAAUAAGGUGUCUGUUGGGUUGCUCACCCUUAAGCCUAUUGAGGUACUUAACUGACCAAUGAAUUGACAAUUGAGGGCCUCCCAAAGGAACCACAGCAGUGAAAGGCUGAACAAUGGCAGGUGGACUAGAACUCAAAGACGGUUGUUACAAAGCUUCUUAGAAAAUACAGGAAAGAACUGAUAUCAGUUUGGACUGGCUUUCCUUCUGAACGUGCAGCAACAUAAAAUCCAGCCUAUGCAACCUACCGUACAUUCACACAGCUUCUCCAUCAGAAAACAAAAUUGAGUACAGUUUUUUUUUGACAGGACUGAGUAAACCAGGGACAUCUUGUUCACACUAGUUAAGGUUCCUUUCAGCCUCUCACUUUCACUAUUUCCAAAACCAAAGAUUCCAGUACUCGAUCUACUCUGGCUUUUUUUUCCAGAAAUUUAAACCUGUUAAAUUGUGUAGAAUUGUCAGUUUAAAAAUGAAAGGCUGCUUGAAAAUGGUCAUCUAGUGCAUUGACUAUUAUUGCAGUGGAGGUUGCAGUUCACACAAUCAUCCCCAAUGUACCAAUUCCUAAAGAUUAGUUUAGUUUAAGCUCACUUUUGAUGACUUGUAGUAGUAUUUCACAGUCUCACUGCUGGAUGCUGUGCAAUUACUUUGUAUGAUAGAAUAAAUAAUUACGUGGUAAAUACAGACUAGUAAAUUGGUAAAUGUCCAGUUUCUGAAGGAAUAAUUUUCACUGAUUCCUCUUAUUCUAAACAAUACAAAACAUCUUACAAUCAGGAAAUGAUAAGUAGAUAUGGAAAUAAUAUCACAGCUUCAUCUCAUUUUCAAAAUUCCUGACAGAGGUGAAGCUGGCACAUCUGGGCCAACUCACACUUUAUAUUCUGUCUUGGGCAAUGAGGUUUAUUACAUUGUGUGGUCUUACAGGCCUCUUUUAAACAAUUUAUGAAGUACUUAUGAGACAGGUUUAACCUUUGAUUUAUUCUAUAUUUAAAGCACUUGUGGCAAGGUUAGAAAUGUGAAUAUUCUUGUAAAUAUUGCUUGAUGUUGUUGCCACCCAAAUAUUUGUUAAGUCUCAUUGCAUGCAUACACAUUGAAUUUAAACAUUUUAUGAUGACCAAUAAUAAAGACAUUAAGAUGUGGAAGUCUCAUAAUUUAAAAGAGCCCAAUACUGCUGUUGUUUGGACUUAAGUUUUCAAUGCAUGGAAAACAGGAAGGAAUCCUAGAUCCAAAUUUUUGAACUUUAGAGCUAUAAUGUAUGUUCACAUAGCUUGAAGUCAUUGUGAAUUUCCACCUGUACUCAUGGUAUAUAUAACAUGGAACAUUGAUCUUAUUUAGUACUUUUAUGUUUAAAAUUGCUAAUGUAUUACUGAUUAUGCUUCAUAACAGGUUAAUAAAAUAAGUUGUAGGACCUGA